UAUAGAUUUUUUUUUUUCUCAGAGAGAAAAAGAAGAAGAAGAAGAGCCACCAGAACAUCAGGCAAUCCGCAAGAUGAUGACUUCUUUAUUUGCAAAACUCGAUGCUUUGUCUAACUUUCACUAUACACCAAAGCCACGUGGACCAGAAUUGAAGAUCAUCAGUAAUCUACCUGCUGUCACUGUUGAAGAAGUAGCUCCAACAGCGGUUAGUGACCUAACGCUUCUUGCUCCAGAGGAAGUAAAGGCAAGACCAAAAGGAGAAGUGAAGAGUAACACAGAAAAAACCAACACGGAUAGAAAAAGAGACAGGCGUCAAAAGAAACUUAAGCAAAGACAACGUAAGCUAGACAGGGAAUCACGAGAGAAAGCAGUUGCCAAAUUGAACCCAGGAUUAGGAAACAAAUACAGUAAAAUAGAAGCACUAAAGAAGCUGAAGCAUGUAAAGGAUGUUACAGUUUUAGAGGAUCCAUCAUUCUUCUCUUAG